AUGGCCACUACCCAGCAGAACUACAUCCUCACCGCAGAUCCGCUCUCGCUAGAUCGCAUCAGGUCGAUCCUGAACCGGCUCGAGGACACCAUCAUCUUUGAGCUCAUCGAGCGCGCACAGUUCGCACACAACCCCAAGAUCUACCGCCGUGGCGAGUUCGAGGAGCUACAGAGCAUCGGGUUCAAGGGCACCUGGCUAGAGUGGUUCUUGAAAGAGACUGAGUCCUUCCACGCCAAGGCACGGAGAUACACGAGUCCUGAUGAAUACCCGUUCACCGAUCCCGCCGAGCUCCCUCAGCCCGUCCUCAAGGGCGUCGAGCUCCCCAAGAUCCUCUACCCGAACAAGGUCAACGCGAACAAGUCCAUCCUCAGCUUCUACACGCGCUCCAUCGUCCCCCGCAUAACAGCUCACGCAACACUCGCCCUCGCCGCGGCCAAGCGCGCCAAGGGCAUAACGGGCGACGACGAGUACGAGGAUGACGGCAACUACGGUAGCACCGCUGUCCUCGACGUCGAGGUUCUGGGAGCGAUCAGCAAGCGGGUACACUACGGCAAGUUCGUGUCCGAGUCGAAGUUCCGCGCAGACCCGGCUGCGUUCAUCCCACAUAUUCUGAACCCCAACCGAGCGGCCCUAGACGCGCUCAUCACGAAGCCUGAGGUCGAGCGCAAGCUCCUCCAGCGCCUCCGGAAGAAGGCCGAGGUCUACGCACUCAACUUCUCCCCAGAGGGCGAGCCCAGCGGGGAUGCCGGGCGGAAAAUCGACGUCGAUGCGAUCGUCGAGUUGUACGAGCACUACAUCAUCCCCCUGACGAAGGAAGUCGAGGUCGACUAUUUGUUGGUGAGGCUAGAGGGCAUGUCGCAGGAGGAGAUUGAGGAAUUAGCAACGAGUAAAAAAGCAUAG